UGAACUGAAAUGCAAAAGCAAAAAAAUGGGGUAUGUCCAAAGCUUAUCCAUUUGAUGCAAAACCAAAAUCAUUACAAAUUUUACAAAAUGGAGAAAUGGGUUUUGUUAAUGGAUUCUCCCUCCUCAUUACAAUCCAAUGAAUUGCAGUGUGAAUGAAAAUGAAAUCAAAAGCUUUAGGGUUUAUAAAAAUAAUCCCAAAAAAUGGGGGAUGGCAGAGUGGGUCGUGACUCAAAAAUGGGGGAAAACCCGAGUGGGGAAAGGGAAAGAGAAAGAGAAAAAGGGGCGAGAAGAAACGGUUUUGGUGAGAGAAAAGGCGAGUACUUGUAGAUGGGUUUUGCCAUUUGUUGUACUUGAGGGAACUGUUCCCUUUCUCAAAGCUAUCUUGCUUUCUUGGCUUGGUGACCAACCCUGAAGAACUUACUGGAUGAUGAUGCCAAGGGAAAACGCUGUUUUAAUUUUCCCUUUGGAUUUUUCUUCAAAUCGGUCUUGCCUUAUGAAGUAGUAUAUGUGUAAGGUGGAUAAGUGAAGGGUUGGUAGCUUUAGAAGGUUUCUGAUCCGUCGUUAUGGAUUUCCAGGAUGAUGGCUUUGAGGGAUCUGCAAACGAAGAAAUUAUUUUUAGGGAGGUUUUCUUUGGGAAUGGUUCUAGCCAUUCCAAUAAGAGGUGUCCUCACAAGGCAUUUGGUUAUGAACACGGGCCCUGCAAAAUUAAUGAUGCAUCUUUAUGUUCAAGUAGUGAACCCUCAGCAGUCUCCAUUUAUUCAUACUCAAGAAAUAUGAAGCUUGAUGAAUGUUACAAUGCUACUGAGAAUAUUAGGACCGGUUCUGCAUCUAAUAGUCUUCCAUGCAAAAGGAUUUCAGUGGAAGGUGACGAUGGGAAUGCAAGUGGCAAGCGAAUUAAAGUUUCAACUGAUGAAGCUUCUGAUUCUGUACCUAAUCUAGUUAAGCUUAAACAAUCAUCAGAUAGUAUAAGAGAACCUGUUUCUGCUAAUUGCUCUCCAGCCGAGGAAUGUGACCCUGAAUCAUUUACAUUCCACAUUGUAGAAUCGUCUAGACAGGGAAUUAUCUCAAGUUGCUAUCGGCUAAGGGACCUUGUAGAAAUGGACAGUAAUUUGGCUGAUCCUGAUGCCGUCAAACAGACAUCAUUGAAUUUAGAAGGUCAUGGUGAACCCAAUAUGGUGAAUAAAGUUAGUGCUUCACCUGUUUCCCAAGAGAGCUCCAUGACCAGGCUGUUGGUAGCAAAUCCUUCUGAUAAAAUCAGCGAGAAGUUUAGAUCUCCACUACAUCUGGAGGUAGGACAAAUGAAAUCUCUAUGCCCAGAACUGGAUGCUUCCUUGAAGACAGAUUUGAGUAGGGAUCCCCGUCCUCUUCUCCACUAUCAUGUUGUUCACCUAUUUAUUGCAGCUGGAUGGUCUAUUGAAAGGGUCAAAAGACCUUGCAGGCGUUAUAUGGAAACAGUUUACAGAUCACCCCAGGGAAGAGCCUUUCGUGAAUUUUCCAAGGCUUGGAGGUUCUGUGGCGAACUUCUAUUUGCUGAUAGAUGUAGUUUUGUAAAGGAUGUUGAAAGCAAAGAAUGGACUGGGAUUCAUCAAUUCUUAUUUGAUCUUUCUGACACAUUGUUACACAUUGGGAAGGAAAUGAAUCAAUUAGGGGCCACAACUUCAUUGGCUAAUUGUUGGGUUAUUCUUGACCCCUAUGUGGUGGUUGUGUUCAUCGACAGAAAGAUUGGUCCACUUAGGAGGGGAGAUUUAGUUAGAGCUACCUGUAGUGUUGGGAUUAAUGGGAGCAGUAAGACCGAUGGUUUUGUGACAUUAAUAAAUGAAGACAAUGGUUUUCGUAAGCUGUCUGCUGACAAAAAUGCAUCACCAGUACAUGAUAAUUCACCCUCUGCCAAGAGUGCAUUGACAGAGGCCCCACUAAAAGAUCUUGACGAGGGCAAUUGUGCUUUUGAUGAGCAAACCUGUGAUACAAGUUUCUCCAAUUACUACGGGCACACAGAAGAUGGAACAACAAAAUUUCCGACAAGGGUCUCUAAUUAUGGCCCCAAUUUGGAGAAUGGUCUGAAUUGCACGGGCAGUCAUUUUAAUGAACCUGGGAACAAAAUAGAGUCUGAGGAUUUAACUUCAUCACCCGCUUAUUUUUCACGUUCCACCUGCAAACCUAGAUGUCUGGGUGAUGGUCCCGUUCCAUCUGGAAAUUCAGAUAACGUUGUCAGAAUUUCUGGCCUUGCAUCUCCUGAUGAGGAUAGCACUUUGUAUUGUUCAGAUGAACAGAGCUCUGAAAAUCAUGUUGAGAACCCUAAUGAAAUGAUGAAAAAUGUACUAACAUGUUCCCUAGUGGAAGGAAAAAAACUGGAAGUCCCACUCGGUAAAGCAGAAAAUAAUUUGGAAGAAUCUCUGAACGACUGUCCAAACUAUACAAGUGACGGUCUAUCUCAUUCUUGUGCCUCAGGGGUUGUACAGAAGUCUUCACAAAAUGAAGAAGGUGGGCUGCACUUUUCAGCUUCAAUGUUCAAAACAGAGGAUAAAGUUUCUGCCAUACAUUCUAUUUUGAAGAAGAAAGGGCGCCGGAAGUGUAAAAAGAUAUCUGAAAUUAAACCUACCUUGCCACCUCAGAUUGAUAUUGUGAGUGUGGCUCCUGGAAAUAAAACUGAGUUUUGGGAUAUUGAUGGGACUUGCUCUCAGUUAGAUAUGAUAGAAGAUCAGAAGUCCCAUAUAGCCGAUACUAAAAAUGUGGACAGUCAUGAGAAGAACUUGUCUCUCAGUCCUAUCUCAUGCCACUCUGAGAGGAAAGGUUCAAAACUCAAAAAGAAUUUUGACAGUCAUAAAGGUUCAAAAACCAGAAAGAAGAAACUGAAUGAAUGUCAAAUUGAAGAUGAUGAUCUAUUAGUUUCAGCCAUUAUUAGAAACAAAGACGUCAGUUCAAGUGCUGCUGGAUUUUCCCAUGUAAGAAAAUACUUCAAAUCUAGAGCGAAAAUGAACCGCAAAAGUCAAAAGAGUAGUUGUAAGUUACUCCUAAGAAGCUUGGGUAGUGGGGAAAAGAAUUAUAAAGAUGGCAAGUGGUAUGCCCUAGGGGCUAGAACAGUGUUGUCAUGGUUGCUAGAUGCUGGGGUUAUAUCCUCAAAUGAUAUAAUCCAAUACCAAAGCCCCAAGGAUGGUAGUGUAGUUAAAUAUGGUAGAAUCACUGGAGAUGGCAUCAUUUGCAAUUGCUGCAGUGAUAUACUCUCAAUAUCUGAAUUUAAAAGCCAUGCAGGUUUCAAAUUUAAUCGUGCUUGCUCGAAUCUUUUUUUGGACUCUGGGAGGCCUUUCAUGUUGUGCCAGCUUCAGGCCUGGUCAACUGAAUAUAAGACAAGGAAAAGUAAGACCAGAACAGUGGAAGUUGAUGAAGAUGAUCGAAAUGAUGAUUCGUGUGGUAUUUGUGGUGAUGGUGGAGAACUAAUAUGCUGUGAUAAUUGCCCCUCUACAUUCCAUCAUUCUUGUUUGUCAAUUCAGGAACUCCCUGAAGGCAACUGGUAUUGCUUAAACUGUACUUGCCGGAUAUGUGGUGAUUUGGUGAAUUUUGAAGAGAUUUCAAGUUCUUCUGAUGCGCUAAAAUGUUUUCAGUGCGAACAAAAGUAUCAUGGACAAUGCCUGAAACAAAGAGACAUCGAUUCUGGAGUAGAGUCUCAUAUUUGGUUUUGCAGCGGUAGUUGUCAGAAGAUUUAUGCAGCUCUUCAAUCACAACUUGGAUUGACUAAUCAGUUUGCAAAUGGGUUUUCAUGGACACUUCUUAGAUGCAUUCAUUACGACCAGAAAAUUCUGUCUACGGCACGGUUAGCUAUGAUGGCAGAAUGCAAUUCCAGAUUAGUAGUGGCUCUUACCAUUAUGGAGGAAUGCUUUUUGUCCAUGGUAGAUCCAAGAACAGGAAUUGAUAUGAUACCACAUCUGGUGUACAGCUGGAAGUCUAGUUUUCCUCGUCUGGACUUUCAUGGAUUCUACACUGUGAUACUUGAGAAAGAUGAUGUGCUGCUAUGUGUAGCUUCUAUCAGGGUACAUGGAUCAGAACUGGCUGAGAUGCCCCUUAUUGCAACUUGUAGUAAAUAUCGGCGCCAGGGAAUGUGUAGGCGUCUACUGAAUGCAAUAGAGGAGAUGCUGAUGUCUUUUAAGGUGAAAAAGCUUGUGAUAGCUGCAAUUCCUAGUUUAGUGGAGACAUGGACCGAAGGUUUUGGCUUUGUAACUGUGGAAAAUGAGGAGAAACAAAGUCUUCACAAGUUCAAUUUGAUGGUGUUUCCCGGAACAGUACUCCUAAAAAAGGCCCUGUAUGUAAGUGGCCAAACUACAGAGACAACAGUAGGAAUUCAUUCCGGAGUACAACUUGACACCGAUGCGAAACAGCAAUGCGAUUCCUGUGAACCAUGUCCUAGAAUGGAAAUGAAAUGUUCAAAAUAUCAAGAAUUACAAGAACCCAAUGGUGAAAAGAUUAAGGACGAUCAUGAAGCAGAUCCAGCUCCUCCAAUCGAUUCAUCUACGUUGCAGUUGGUUGAAUCAAAUGGAUUGGAUAUUUCUCCAGGACAGAAGCCUGUUGAGUCAAACUGUUGCACUGACAUAGUUGGUGCCACAACCGAAACCUGCACCCAGGAGGCAAAAAAGCUGUUAAAAGUAGAAGUUGGCGUAGAACGCGACAUUCAGCUUUCGGAAGGAAAGAGCUGGGAUGAAGGAGUUCAUGGAGCCACUAUGACUAGAUUUGUAGAACCUGUUGUUCUAACUUAGGUAAUGCAAAGGCAAAAGUGGAAGUUUAGAGAGAGAGGGGUAGUAGAAUUAAAGAGGUGGAGUCCGGGAAAUGAGUUUGCAGGACCAUUUUUCAAAGCUGUCCAGUGAACAUUAAUUUCCUCAAUUAGAGAAUGACCUAAGUUUCAAGUUAAGAUGGUUUUUUUUAAAUGUAGGGUCUCAAGUAUGUAUGUAUGUGUAGACUGGAAACAGACUCCAUUGUUGAAUGAAAAAGAAAAAGAUGAAAUCUGAUCCUAUAUAAAGAAAACUGUUUUCCUUGCAGACAAA